UGCAGAUGCUCGACCUAACCUUUACACGACACAUUUCUAUCGGAACAGAUAGCAUAUUUAUGCGUGAUUGUAUACACAUUGUAGCGACAUUGUAUACACAUAAUAAUGAAAGCGUGAUAUAUAUCAAUAUUAACUCUGUACGAGAUACGUAGUAUCUUAUCUCUUCUAGUCAAUUUUGAUAUACUCGGAGAAAGAGUUCGGCGUCCAACAGAGCGUCCAACGUUCCGUCAAUCAUCGGCAACAUGAACGUGCAUCUGUACAAUUCUACGAUCUGUCGAUUGUGCGCGGCAGACAACGGCAACGAGCAUCUAUUUACCAAGGAGACAGGCGAGUCGGAUUUGUGCUCGCUGGUGAAUCGGUAUCUGCCACUCAAGAUUCGAGACGAUGGCAAAUUACCACAGACAAUUUGUCCGGGUUGUAACAUCCAGCUGGAGGCAACAGCACAAUUCUUUGAUUUGUUGGUGGCUGGUCAGCGCAAGUUACGUGAACUUUGGAAAUAUCAAGAGCAGCAGCGCAGAGCAGAACGCUCACGUAAUAAGAAGGAGAGUGCAGAGCUUGAAACGGAAGGAGUUGAAGUGGAUAAUAUAACUUUGUGUAAUGAGAAUGAACAGUAUGAACAGCAAAUUGUUAUCAAAAUAAUGCCAGAUGGAUCUAUGUAUGCAGCAGAGCAUGAAAUGAGCUUGCAAAUGGAAGGCUUAACUAAACCAAGGAGAAAACGCGGACGUCCACCCAAAGUACAAACAGAGGUCGAAUCUUUGACAAAAGAAAAUACAGAAGUUGUGAGUCAAGGUGAGGAAGAUAAGCAAGAAGAAGAGAUUGAAGAAAUAGAUGGCGAUGGUAGACGCAGAAGAAAACGUAAAGUUCCCAAAAGGUUUAUGGAAGCGGUGCAAGGAAAAGAAUUGGAAAGGAUAUUCAAAGAAGAAGGUGUAAUUGAUGAGGAAGAUGAUGAUGAAUUUGAGACACUCAAUGAUUCAGAAGAACCAUUAAAUGCUUCCAUACAGGAUGGUCAGGAAGAAGUAAUCGGUCGUCUCGAAACACAAGAGGGUAAAAACUUGGGUGAAGUAGUAAUCAUGAAUCGUGGACGAGCACGAUCAAAACCGAAACUUCGUCGUCGAAAAAACAAAUUUACAUGUAAACUUUGCAGUAGAAAUUUUCUACAACGUAGCAAAUAUAUAAUACACAAAAGUCUUCAUAAGGACAACAAGUGCAUAUAUGAGUGCAUACAAUGUAAAACACUUUUUGAUAGUAAAGACAACCUAAUGUUGCAUCAAAAGACAACUCAGCAUAGUACAAAUCUUGUUGAAGAAAAUAACGAAAUACAAGAGCCACUUGAGAGAUUAGAGAUACACAGCGCAGAGCAGGACACUUCUACAUCAACAAUAAGAGAAGAGGCCAGCAAUGCAAUUUAUAUGUGCGAAAAAUGUGACAAGCAUUUUGAAUUAAAACAGGAAUAUGAACUGCACAUGAGAAUGGUACAUGAACUACAGAAAUUCACAUGUAAUGUUUGCAAUAAGGAUUUUACAAACCAAUCAAAUUUGGAGAUGCACAUGAAUACACAUAAGCAAACUAAGCUAAACAAGGGAUUUCCCUGUGACAUCUGUGGUAAAGUCUUAAACCAUCCUAGUUCAGUCGUUUAUCACAAAGAAGCUGAACAUAACAAUGGACGUCGUUUCGUCUGCAACAAAUGUAAUAGGAGUUUCAAGCACAAACAAUUGCUCCAACGGCAUCAGCUGGUACAUUCAGAUGAUCGACCGUUCAUUUGUAAAUCCUGUAACGCUAGCUUCAAAACAAAGGCAAAUUUAAUUAAUCAUCAGUCUACUCAUACGGGCGAGAAGAAAUAUUUCUGCCAGCGUUGCAAUCAACAAUUUGCACACAAGACUAGCCUCACAUUGCAUCAAAGAUGGCAUGAUGGUGAAAAACCGUACAAAUGUAAUGUAUGCCACAAGAGUUUUUCACAGAAUGGCAAUUUGCAAGAACAUAUGCGUAUCCACACUGGCGAGAAACCAUAUUCCUGUGACGUCUGUGGACGGAAGUUUACCACGUCAUCGCAGUUUAGGUUGCAUGUAAAACGCCAUACUGGCGAACGGCCGUGGAAAUGCGAGUUUUGCGCGAAAUGCUUUUUACAUAAAGAUACAUGGAAAUGUCAUGUGCGCCGGCACAAAGGUGAACGUCCGUUUCAAUGUACUCACUGUAAUCGGGGAUUUACGGAGCAAUGGGCGCUGAAGAAACAUCUUCGUUUGCACACCGGUGAAAAACCUUAUUCCUGCGAUCAAUGCGGUAAGGCUUUUGCCGAUUGUUCGAAUCUAACGAAGCACAAAAAGGUGCAUAGAGAGACUAAAGUACAGACUGUGGAUGGAUCGGAAAGAACUCCGAGGAUCAGCGAGGUAUGGCAAAUCUUGCCAAACUCGCAGAAGAAUGAUGAACAGUCGACGCUCAAUGAACAAGUGACGCAGGUGAUCGCAACUGAUGAGGCCUCUACUGAUGGGAUGCAACAGAUCUAUUAUGUGUCCUAUGAAGAUCCUGAUAAUCCUGAUCAGGCGCGAACAUUACAUUUACUUGAUACCAGCAUGAUAAAAAAUAAAGACCAGACGAAAACAAAUACGAACUUCUUGCCACAUUUAGAUGUUGAGAGCGACGAAAUAAUUGCUGACAAGAUCGUAAAUGAUACAGCCAGCAAUAAUGAGCAGCAGUCAGAGAUAGAACUAUCAGAGGCAGAAUUACAACUACAAAUUACCGAUGAACAUGGAAAUCCGAUUUCAAUAUCCAUCCAAGAAGCUCGACAACUUCUCUCUCAAGGACAAAUCAUUAGCCAAUUGAACGAUGGUCAGAUGAUUAGGGUUCAUCCAGGAAUAUUCGCACAACAUCUCCAAGCGUUAAAUAUACACAUCGAUGAAGAGGCUGCUGUCGCAGCGGAAAACGGUGUUGUUACACGCCAAAACGUGAAAAACCAAAUGGAGACAAUUCGAACCGAUGCAGAAGCAAUUGUCCAAGCGCUCGAGGACGAAGAUACUGAUGCCACCGCAGUUGCGACUAUCAAUCAAUUGGGAAAUGUCGAACAGACUGAAAUCGCGGAUGGUGAACAAACAAUCGAAUUCAUGACUCAGGAUGGACAAAAGGUUCGCGUCCUAACAUCGUAUCCAACCGAUCCAAUGCGAAUCGACUUAACUCCAGAGUACAUGACCAUUGUAUAAUAAAAGAAAUAGAUAUGUGUAAUCAUUGUCAUGCA